UGCGCUGUAGAGUAUUUACUUGCAAAGUAAGCGGCAACGUUCCCUAGGCAAAAGCCGGCUCAUUACACACAUCUCUCUCUCACCUUUGUAAUUUUUUAGUUUACUAAUAAUUACUAGUAAUAUUUAUGGUUACGUUCCUCUCUCUCUCUCUCUCUCUCUCUCUCUACAGUGUCCCGCCUGUGUUAGUAUUGUGUUUUGUAGGAUUCCCACCUAUUUCCCCAAACACAAAGCACUAAAGAGAGGAAAAGAAGAAAGGGAAGGCUAGAGAGAGAAAGGAAACAGAAACUAAAACCUAAAGGGGAAAUUUCUAGAGAGAAACGCCCAAACGCACCGGAAAUGCCUUUCCCUUUCCCUCCGGCGUCUCCAUUUCUAUCGCCCAAAACAUAGGAGCUCAGCAAAUGCAGCAGUGAAGAGAUAGGAACAGCACAGAGAGAGAGAGAGAGAGAGAGAGAUAGAGAUUGGAAGAUAGAACGAAAGAGAAGCGGGAAUUUUAUGAGCCAAAAAUGCGUGAGGGACUACUCGUUGAUGAGCCGAGUGACGUCGUUUCCAGUGCUAAGAAGAAGAAAUCAGGAGAGGAAGCAGACAAGGUUCUUGUUCUAGUGGCAGACAAGGAUACCUCAAAGCCGCUUUCACUGGUGGUUUCAGUCCCGCCGCAACCCAUAGUCGUUAACCGUCCUCGAUCCCAGUCCGCCACCCGCAGAGUCACACCCACCAACACGAGCAACGCCGCAGGAGUUGACACGAGCAGCGCCGGAGGUUCCACUGCUGUGGAGAAGCUUCUUCCCAACGGCGAUUUCUACACUGGGUCAUUCUCCGGAAACGCGCCUCACGGAUCGGGAAAGUACCUCUGGACUGACGGGUGCAUGUACGAGGGUGAGUGGCGCCGGGGAAAAGCAUCGGGAAAGGGAAAGUUCUCGUGGCCUUCUGGUGCUACCUUUGAGGGAGAAUUCAAGUCGGGUCGGAUGGAAGGCUUCGGCACAUUCAUCGGAUCCGACGGGGAUACCUACCGUGGCUCGUGGAGCGCCGAUCGUAAACACGGGUACGGUCAGAAACGUUACGCAAAUGGGGAUUUUUACGAAGGAUCUUGGAAGAAGAAUCUCCAGGAUGGGAAAGGAAGAUACGUGUGGAGAAAUGGGAAUGUGUAUGACGGUGAAUGGAAAAACGGUGUCAUUUCAGGGAGAGGGGUUUUGAUAUGGGCAAAUGGGAAUCGCUAUGAUGGGCAAUGGGAAAAUGGAGUACCAAAGGGAAAUGGGAUUUUUACAUGGCCAGAUGGGAGUUGUUGUGUCGGUACCUGGAACAUUAAUAAAGAUAUAAUGACUCAGGAAUUGAAUGGGACUUUCUAUACUGGGAAUGGCAAAGAACAUUGCCUGAAAGGGAGCGAGAACGAUUUGGCCUUACCGGCGACGGCGACGAGGAAAAGGUCGUCGGUGGAUGGGGCCAGAGGGAGUAACAUGAAUUUUCCGAGAAUAUGUAUAUGGGAGAGUGACGGUGAGGCUGGGGAUAUUACUUGUGACAUUAUUGAUACUGUCGAGGCUUCUAUGAUUUACAGAGAGGGGUUGGAUCGAGAUGGAAUUAGGCAGUUCAGAAGGGGGCCAUGUUGUUUUAACGGAGAGGUGAAGAAGCCCGGAGAGACAAUUUCUAAAGGGCAUAAAAACUACGAUUUAAUGCUUAAUCUGCAAUUGGGUAUCCGGUAUUCUGUUGGGAAGCAUGCGCAGAUUCGGAGGGACCUGAAGCCAAGUGAUUUUGAUCCAAAGGAGAAGUUCUGGACGAGGUUUCCACCAGAAGGAUCAAAGAUUACACCUCCACAUCAAUCCGUGGAGUUUCGGUGGAAGGAUUACUGUCCUAUGGUCUUUAGACAUUUGAGGGAACAUUUCCAAGUCGACACUGCUGAUUACAUGCUAGCUAUAUGUGGAAAUGAUGCCCUUAGAGAGCUUUCUUCUCCGGGGAAGAGUGGAAGCUUCUUUUACCUUACUCAGGAUGACAGAUUUAUGAUCAAGACAGUAAAGAAAUCAGAAGUCAAGGUGCUAAUUAGGAUGCUUCCCAGUUAUUACCAACAUGUAUGUCGGUACGAAAAUUCAUUGGUGACGAAAUUCUUUGGUGUGCAUUGUGUUAAACCAAUUGGGGCCCAGAAGACCCGUUUCAUUGUGAUGGGCAAUUUGUUCUGCUCUGAGUAUAGAAUACAUAGGAGAUUUGACCUUAAAGGGUCCUCCCAUGGCCGCACAACAGAUAAGCCUGAGGGUGAGAUUGAUGAAACCACAACUCUCAAGGAUCUGGAUCUCAAUUUUGUGUUUCGUCUUCAACGAAAUUGGUACCAAGAGCUUAUCAAGCAAAUUAAUAGAGAUUGUGAAUUUUUGGAAGCUGAGAGAAUCAUGGAUUAUAGUCUUUUGGUUGGUCUUCACUUCCGUGAUGAUAAUAAUUAUGACAAAAUGGGGUUGUCACCAUUUGUUCUGCGUUCUGGAAAUAAGGAUUCCUAUCAAAAUGAAAAGUUCAUGCGCGGCUGCCGCUUCCUUGAGGCAGAGCUACAAGACAGAGAUCGGAUUUUAGCAGGCCGGAAGCCUCUGAUAAGGUUAGGAGCAAACAUGCCAGCAAGAGCAGAACGAAUGGCACGGCGAAGUGAUUUUGAUCAGUACACCCCUGGUGGGAUUAGCCACUUGACCCCUUCUAGAAGUGGUGAGAUAUAUGAAGUAGUCCUUUAUUUUGGGAUCAUUGAUAUCUUACAAGACUAUGACAUUAGCAAGAAGUUGGAGCAUGCCUACAAAUCCUUACAAGCCGAUCCUACCUCAAUCUCAGCAGUAGAUCCAAAACUAUACUCAAAGAGAUUCAGAGAUUUCAUUGGGAGGAUAUUUAUAGAAGACAGGUAGCUAUGGGGAUGAAAUUGCGAGUUGAAACUCGUGUGUUACAACAAAGUGAAUUUGCUUGAAUCUGAAGGCAUCCUCUAAGGGCAUAAGUUAGGGAAUUUUACAUGGUUUCUGGCAGUAGAUUGAGCAAAUAAUUUCUGAGAGAGAGAUCAAGCCACUGCAGAUGUGGUAGGAGAGCUUGGCGGAUUUUGGGGAUGUUCCUGGCUGAAUUUUGAAUAUCAGCCGAAGUGAUGAAGGGGAAGGCAGUUGUACAUUUUUGGGGUGGGGGAAGAGGGAAACUUGUAUUCUGAUUUCCUUCUUUUUUUAAUUAUAUUUUUGGUUUUUUUUUUUUUUUUUUUUUUUUGUGGUAACCAAGAGUGGUGAAUUGUGAAGAUUUGAAAGAUAGGUAUAGGGAACAGGGAAAAUGCUUCCCAGAGAGAAGAUUCAAAAUGGGAGGGGGGAUUUGGAAUAAGAAAGUGUACAGCUUAAUGGAAAAAGAGAUGGAUAGUUUGUGGAAUUUCGUGAAUAUUUUUUGUGAGACUAUCAAAAAAAAAAAACGAAAUGUUUGAAUCACCUUACAGGAGAGAGGACCCCAUGGGAUCCAUCUCUCUAUUUCUCUCCCUGUACUUUUUUAGCUAUUGUAUAUAAAUGGGCAACUCUGUUGUAUAGAAA